AUGGCCUUCUACGCGCUGCAGGAGGCGGUUAAGGGAGGGCGGCGAGACUUGGUGUUGCUGCAACUGGCGGAGGCCCCCGAUACUGUGAAACAAGCCGAUUGCAACGGAACGACUUGUGUAUUGUUGGCUGCUCGACUGAACAACGAUGAAAUAGUCAAAGAACUUCUCUCCCAUGGCGGUGACCCGCAUGCAGCAGAGCUGCCCGAGAUCGGGGCGAAUACCGCACUACAUUUUGCAGCGCGCAACAAAAAUGAGGAUAUGGUCGCCUGUCUGCUCUCCUUUGGGGCUUCGCCGAAUCAACAAAAUGCACUGGGCCAAACGCCGCUGCACAUCGCAGCUCGCGUUGGCUGCAAGGGUGCUGCGGAGCAGAUGCUAGCUGCGGGGGCAAACCCGGCAAUAACAGACAAAUCGGGGUUUGAUGCGGCGUAUUGGGCUGAACACGGUAAAUACAGUGACCUGGCGAGGCUGCUGCCGCCUCCCAAGUGCUUGAACAGCAAAGAUUUGGCUAUGUUUCAGCUGCUAGCCAUGGAUCAACUGGAUCUGCCGCUGAAGAUGGCGACCAAGAAGAAAGGGAAAGGAAAGAAAAAAUGA